AUGCUCAAAGAAGCAUCUGCAUUGGGACAUUUGGAUUCAACAUUUGUCCUAGGAAUGAUGCUGAUGGCUGAAGGGAGACAUAGGAAGCACGAAGCUUUGGACAUGUUAACAAUGCUUACCGCAGAUAAAAAGGUAAGUGGAAUCUUAGAGCAACUUGUUCUAAGUUCAAAGAAGAUGUAUGAAGUAAGGAGUGAUCCUCAAGUGUACAGAACAUCAUGCAUUAACAUGUUUGAAGGAAUGGGUCCCAAAACUCUGAAAGCUGAUUCAUUUAUACACACAUGUGCAUUGCAUAAUAACAUUGAAGCCAUGUAUAGACAAGGAAAUUAUGGCAAUUUUGAUUUAGGAUUGACUUUGUUGAGAAAAGCAGAUGAAGAUCAUCUUGAGGCAAUUUAUUUGCUUGGAAUGAUCUACAUUUCAAGAGGGCCUCAUCAAUGUGAUGAAGGUUUACAAUUACUUGAUACCUAUUUUGGCUGGGCAGUUCCGGAUGAUAGGGAGUACACGGGUGUUGUUGAUAGUGCCAAAGAGUUGUUGUGGGCUAUUGAUGUUGUUCAUAUACUUACAACGAAUAAUAUCACAUUCCAAUGUGAAGACCCACAUCAUUCUGUUAAAGGUGCAUUGACAAUAGGCCAUAAAGAGGAUGAGGAUCGACAAAGAUAUUGCACGAUUUUUCGUUGGUAUGUAGAGUAUGGUAGGUUUGUAUAUUUCUUAAAAAUAUUAAUAGUUGAUAAUAGAAUGGACAUUGAAUAUUAG